GGCAGUUUGGUUGGUGUUAAAUCUUGCAAUCUUGCAUGCCGCAUUGGGUUAACGCAUUGAGUAAGAAAGAUAUCUUUUUUAUUCAAGUAAAGAGGAUAGUUCCAGAUUCGUUCUUCUAUUGAUACUUUUGGUGCCUAAGAAAUGACGACCUUUACAUGCAUAUCGUGUCAUGUGGCUUUUAAAGAGCCGAAUGUUCAGCGUGAGCAUUAUAAAACGGAUUGGCAUCGAUAUAAUCUUAAAAGAAAAGUUGUGGACUUGCCGCCCGUGACUGCUGAAGUAUUUCAGCAACGUGUUUUGGAGCAAAGAGCACAUGCAGAUCAACAAGAGGCAACAAAAGGCCUUACUCUUUAUUGUAAUUACUGCAAGAAAAAGUUUGGUUCAGAAAAAUCUUAUGAAAAUCAUCUGUUAUCAAAGAAGCACCAAGAAAAUGUUCUUAGCGGAAUAAAGCAUGUUAAUGUGAAGCCUGAGGCUGCUGGGGACAAAAUAGAUAUUGAGGAAGAUAUUGAAGAUGAUUCAGACGAAUGGGAAGAUGAUGAUGAAGCAAUUCCAAUAACAUGUUGCCUUUUCUGCAAUCAUAAAAGUGAUACAAUGGAAAGUAGCUUGAAGCACAUGUCAUCCCAACAUUCCUUCUUCAUACCAGACUUUGAAUUUAUUAUUGAUUUGGAGGCAAUAUUAACUUACCUUGGGGAAAGAGUUGGACAAGGUCACAUUUGUAUGUGGUGUGGCCAUCUUGGGAGGCAAUUUCCAUCAACUGAAGCAGUACAGAAACACAUGAUAGAUAAAGGGCACUGUAAAAUGUUUCAUGAAGGGGAAGUUCUGUUGGAAUAUUCAGAUUUUUAUGAUUACUCCACUAGCUAUCCAGAAGGUGGAGAUCCAAAUGAAGAAGUAGAACCUAAUGUCAUCAAUGAUUCAGGCUUUGAACUCGUUUUGCCGUCUGGAGCAACGAUUGGACAUAGAUCCCUUAACCGUUAUUACCGUCAAAAGUUAAAUCCUAACCCAAGACCAAUCCCCACGCGUCCAGCCAUUCAGCAUGGAAAUUACUUCAAAGCCCUUGGCUGGACGACAUCCACCAAGGAAAUUGUAGAAAAGAAAGCGAGAGACAUAACAUUUAUGCGGAAAAUGUUCUUGAAAAACCAGCUUGGCGUGAGCGUGAAGGCCAACAAACUUCAGAAACAUUUUAGAAGACAGGUCGAUAUGUAGAGCGCUAGUUGGAUGUGUCACUUCGUCGCUGUUGAAAAUAUAUACGUUUGAGAAAAA